AUGGAUUCUUCAACAGACCCUGUCGACUGGUACCAGGACCAAGUGGUCUUUCUAACUGGCGCGACAGGGAGUCUUGGAGGAUGUUUGCUUUACAAGCUGGCAGUCCAAUUGCCAACCAAAAAGAUAUAUAUUCUCUGUCGUGGCUCAAUGCGCCAGGCAAUAGAGAAAUGGGAAUCAUCGAUGCCCGAGCAGACAGAUGAGAUCCUGGAUACAGGAAAGGUUCAUUGCUUCAGCGGCAACAUUACCCAAGAAAACUUUGGAUUAGCUCCGCACGAACUGGAGACAUUGCAGAAUGAAGUAACUGUCACAAUCCAUGCAGCUGCCGACUUUUCCCUCUUUCAGGAGCUUCCAGUGACUAUCCGUUGUAAUUGUUUGCCAGUCGUUAUGCUGGCCCAAUUGCUACUUUCCUUCCAGAAAAUCAAAGUACUUUUGCAAAUAUCCAGCAUCUCAAGCCAGAGCUUCUUGUCUGGUGGCUCUGUGUUUGAGGAUGUCAAAACGAUUGUACCCGAUGAAGAACCCCCUCAGACGCAACUAGCAGAUAUUCUAGCGACGGGACAUUCACCAUACACUGAGCGUUUUAUGGCACCCUAUGCGCAAGCUAAAUAUCUGGCCGAGAAGCUUUUGUUAGAGCUCAAUACCAAUUUUCCGGUUCUCAUAAUCCGCCCUUCAAGUAUUGGCCCUGCUAUUCGAGAUCCGUACCCGCUAUACGGCCCCGAGGGUGCCAUUCCUCUACACACGUUUUUCCAGGUGCUUUUGGAAGGAGGGGAGUUCAGAGAGUUCGACGACCUCAAAGAAUUUCCCCAGGAAGUCGUUAUUGACGAGAUCCCGGUCGAUAUUGUGGCCAAUACAUGCCUCCUCCAUCUUGCUGCAGGCACAGCUGGAAUUGUGCACGCCGGUUCACAAUUGUACAUUCCUGUUACAUUUGGCAAAUAUAUAAAGCAUGUCCAGCGGUAUGCGCCGAGAUCGCUUGUGCAGAAAGUGGCCAAAGCGCGCUUUGAGAGAAACCUCAACUUUGCCAGCCAAGCAACGGAUAUGCUCCAACGUAUUAAUAAGGAUUGGCUGAUUGACUGUUCACGGUCCAUGGACCUGAAAGUGACGGAGGGACCCAUCGGACUGUCCAUAGCCGAGCAUGAUUUCGAGGCUUUUUCUCGCCGGCGGAUUGAGCGGCGCGCACGAGAUAUGGAAUCAUGGGUCAAUAAUUUGAAGGCAUCUGGAAUCUAG